UGUGUGUGUGUGUGUGUGUGUGUGUGUAAUGUACUCCCAAGAAAUGAUUCUGAUUUUCCUAAAAUGGGACAAUUGCAGUAAUGAGAUUCAGACGCUUUAUUUUGCUAGAGAAGACUCAGCAUCUACUCUGAACCGCGGGGCCUAAAUGAAAUCACUACUGUCUUCCUCUGAAUGCUACCUAAAUCCUCUCCUUUCGCCCCAGAACAAAAGUAGCCAGCAACCCCUCCCCUCUCCCUAAGGCCCCCGACUUAGACCCUUUUCUUGUGCCUCGAGCAAGCUUUGUAACCUGGUACCUGAGUCAAGGGUUUUAUUAUCCCUCCGGUUGGGGGCGAGGGGUGGAGUGAGUACUCCUGGAGCCCCUAGGAACUCCCACAUCCUUUUGGAUUAGAGAUUUUAGAAUUUAGGCCCUUUCUCUUUCUGAGCGUGCCCUUCCCCUCAGGGUGUCACCAGGGGUCCCUGCAGAUUCAGCAGGCACCCUACCUUUAUCUGAGUUGAAUGGCCAAGGGCUUGUGGAAAGGCCUUGUGAGUAUGGGUGAGAUGGGUGCCCCCAUCGGCACACUGUCCUUUGGCCACCGGACAUCAUGCCUCCCAAGAAAGAUGUUCCUGUGAAGAAACCAGCAGGGCCCUCUAUCCCCAAGCCUGCUACCAAGCCAGCAGCAGGGGCCCCUACAGCCAAGACCAAGACUGAGCCAGCAGCAGUCCCUUCAGCCUCUGAGAAAACAUGGGAGCCCCCCAUUGAUCUCUCCAAAGUGGUGAUCCAGUUUAACAAGGACCAGCUGGAGGAGUUCAAGGAGGCCUUUGAGCUGUUUGACCGAGUAGGGGAUGGCAAGAUCCUGUACAGCCAGUGUGGGGAUGUGAUGAGGGCCCUGGGCCAGAACCCUACCAACGCCGAGGUGCUCAAGGUUCUGGGGAACCCCAAGAGUGAUGAGCUAAAGUCCCGGCGUGUGGACUUCGAGACUUUCCUGCCCAUGCUCCAGGCCGUGUCCAAGAACCGAGACCAAGGCACAUAUGAGGACUACCUGGAGGGGCUUCGGGUGUUUGACAAAGAAGGGAACGGCAAAGUCAUGGGAGCAGAGCUCAGACAUGUCCUCACCACCCUGGGAGAGAAGAUGACUGAAGAGGAAGUGGAGACUGUUCUGGCAGGACAUGAAGACAGCAAUGGCUGCAUCAACUAUGAAGCCUUCUUGAAGCACAUCCUAAGCGUUUGAGCUCCACAGAUGCCGAGGUCGGACACUGAGCCUCCCGCAGGCGGAAGCACGUUCCUACCACUAGGAGGCCACCUAUUGUUUCAAAAUAAAGAGAUGGUUCCUCCCUUG